UGAUCUAUUCAGAAACUAUUGGAGAGAUACCUUGUUGCUUUAUCAGAUCAAUCACUGGGAUAACGAUAUCAUGGGUGGUGUGAAGCAGGAGCAAAAUGACGGACCUCCACCAAGAGGCACGCAGUCCUCUGAUGCAGUACAAGAAGAGCCUGUGAAGAAGAGAGGUUGGCCCAAGGGUAAGAAGAGAAAGAAGGUGUUGCCCAAUGGUCCCAAGGCACCAGUGACCGGAUAUGUGCGUUUCCUGAAUGAACGGCGGGAGCAGAUCCGUGCCAAACACCCCGACCUGCCCUUUCCAGAAAUCACCAAGAGGUUGGGUGCAGAGUGGAGCCGCUUAGCACCUCAUGACAAACAGCGCUUCCUGGAUGAGGCAGAGCGAGAGAAGCUGCAGUAUGCCCAGGAGCUGAGAGAAUACCAACAGAGUGAAGCCUAUCAGAUCACCAGUGCCAAGAUCCAGGACAAGAAGGUCAAGCGAGAAGAGUCUCCAUCUGUCAUUAUCAAUGCUAACAGUUCUGGAUCAGCUGCUCUGAAGGGUUCAGAUCAUCUGUCCAACAGAUUUGAUGUUCCAAUAUUUACAGAGGAAUUCCUGGACCAGAACAAGGCCCGGGAAGCGGAGCUGCGGCGUUUACGCAAAGCAAAUGUGGAAUUUGAGGAGCAGAACGCAGUGUUGCAGAAGCACAUUUCAGACAUGUACAGUGCUAAGGAGAGACUGGAAGCUGAACUGGGUCAGGAUGAGCUCCGGACGCAGGCUCUGCACAGGCACCUGCUGGCUAUCAAACACACCCUUGUCAGCAGCCUGUCCACUGUGGCCCUGCCAGGCACGGGUGAGACCCCCUCUCUUGGUACCCUGGACUCUUACCUGAGUCGCCUGAGUGGUACUCUGGAGAGCAAUCCUCAUGAGCACCGUGCCUUGCUGGCUCAGCUUCACGAUGUCCUUUCUCACCUUGACAGUGAGAAACUAUGAGACUACCUCCACACCCAUUCCCACUUGAUGUGGAUCCCAGAUGGUGCAACGACAGGUCCAAUCAGUGCCCAUCGCAGUGUAGUCAAGGGAUAGGUGGGAUGUCUAUCUGAUGUAACAGAUAAAACACAACGUUCAGUCCAUAUACCAUUACUCUGUGGUACAUCUGCAUGUGUGUACAGUUUUGGUGGCGAAUAUAAGCCUUUGAGGCUUGGUGUGAACAGUCAUUAUGUCAACUGCCUUAACUGGUUCCAUCUGUAGUUCAUUUGGUUUGUUAAAUGGAAGAAACAGUUGACCUGCCUUUUAUGGCAUUUGGAGUGAAUUAAGAGUUUUUCAAGUGAAGCCACUUGGAAAUGAGGAGGUUGUUGAAGUGUACUGGUGUCCAAUGAGAGGCAAAAUGAACUGGAAAAGAUUAUAGCAAUGUUUUCAGAAUACGUUUUUGUAUUGUAAUUGAUAUUAGUUUUGUGGUGGGCAGUUUUGGAUUAAGGGAUUUUUUUUUGUCAUGGUUUAUUUGCGUUAAUUCAAAUCGGAUGUUUGUCUUCUUUGUAAUUGUUUUAUCAAUUUGCAAUAAAAGUAAAUGUGUGUAA